GUACUGUGUACACGACUCAGUAACCAUUAUAUUUAUUGCUUAUUACAGACUAUUGAUGUUUUACGAACUACAGUUUCUAGUUGUUUCCUCGAAUUCAGGACCUAGAUCCGUACGUAGUGAUUGUGUCUUGAAACAGUUCAGUGUGAAAAAUGAGUGCUGAAAAUUUUACUUCGACUGUUCUAUCUGGAAACUCCACUAUGGCUCUUAUUGGUGUAUUAACAACACAUGGACCCCAAUCUUUCCGCCAAAUCAUGAGCUUCAACAAUCAAACUGUAGUGGAUAAAGUAACUCCGGACAUGGUGCACUUAAUUGAUCCAUAUUGGUAUCAGUUUCCACCGAUGGAUCCAAUGUGGUACAAAAUUCUAGGACUUGUAAUGCUUGCGUUAGGAAUUAUGGGAUGGACCGGUAAUGGUGUUGUAAUAUACGUAUUCUUGAUGACACCUUCCUUAAGAACACCAAGUAAUCUUCUAGUGGUGAAUUUGGCUUUUGCGGACUUUAUCAUGAUGGUCGUAUUGUGCCCUAAUAUGAUAAUCAGUUGCUAUUAUGAAACCUGGAUAUUAGGACCACUAAUGUGCGACAUACAUGCUAUGGCUGGUUCCUUAUGUGGAUGCGCUUCAAUAUGGACUAUGACUGCUAUUGUAUUAGACCGAUAUAAUGUUAUAGUGAAGGGUAUGGCGGGUAAGCCACUCACUAUCAAGAAAGCACUCCUUGAAAUUAUAAUAAUCUGGCUUUUUGCUUCAAUUUGGACAAUUUUGCCCAUGGUGGGAUGGAACAGAUAUGUGCCAGAAGGUAAUAUGACCGCUUGUGGUACAGAUUACCUUAGCAAGGAUUGGACUUCCAAAUCGUUUAUUUUGGUGUACUCAAUAUUUGUAUAUUACACGCCACUGUUUACUAUAAUCUACAGCUAUUACUUUAUUAUUUCGACAGUAGCUGCUCAUGAAAAAGCAAUGAGGGAACAAGCGAAGAAAAUGAAUGUCCAAUCUUUACGAUCUGGAGAUAAUCAGAACAUAAGUGCAGAAGCAAAACUGGCAAAAGUGGCUUUAAUGUCCAUCUCGUUGUGGUUCAUGGCAUGGACGCCAUAUCUGGUUAUUAAUUAUACUGGUAUUUUCACUAGCAACAAGAUGAGUCCUCUUUUCACCAUUUGGGGAGCUCUCUUUGCAAAGGCAAACGCCAUAUACAAUCCAAUUGUCUAUGGAAUUAGUCAUCCAAAAUAUAGAGCAGCGUUAAAUGAAAAACUACCAUUCCUUGUAUGCGGCUCGACCAAGGAUUCGUCCGCAACUGCGAAAACUGCAGAAACAUCUGUGACCACAACGACCGCAUAAUUUUAAAUAAUGUGCCACAAUUUAUAAACACUUAUUAUGAUAUAAUAUAAUUAGGAUUACGUGUUGAAAAUCAACAGAAUCAGCAAUACUAUUUAUUAUGUAAUAAAUAUGAAAUGCGUGAAAAAAUUUGUAAUUUGUUUAGCCUAAUUACAAAAGCUACAUAUGUGAAAUUUUUAGUGGAUUAAUUCUAAGAAAUAUGCCGUACGUAGGCGAAUUUUUUAUUUUAUAGUAUUUUUCUUUUCUCUUUACUUUUAUUAUAACUGUUAAACAUUGCUUUUACAAGGAUGAUAGAAGGAAUUUAGUAAGCGGAUUGUAUUCAGCAAAAGGAUAUUAUUUAAUAAAUUAUUUGGGAUGUAGUAAUUUAAGAAAAUCUACAGAAUCUUAAGAUGUAAUAAAAGUACAAUGCAUAGAAUGUUAGAUGUGCAUAUGUACACACAAGUUCAUGAAUUUUUAUGAUUUAAUUAAAAACUCAUAUGUGUGA